GGUGGAGCAGUAUUAGGUCGUUGAAGCUGCGCGUGUUAUUCGCGGCUCGGCAUUGGACGCGCGCGCGAAACGCGUGCGAACUUUGACGUUUUUCCCCCGCAGGAGAGGAACAUGGCGCCGUCGGCGGGGCUCUGGAUUACGCUACUCUACUUCGGCGUUGUUACAGGCCAGAGACAUGCAUACUUUCCCGCAUACGGUACCACCAGAAGAGGAGGGUACCCGCCGAGUGUCAAAGGGAGGUACUUGUCCGGGAUGGCAGAAGCGUAUCCAUCCAGCGUGAAAGGAGGAUACUCAAGCGGAGUGAAAGGCGGCUACCCAUCAGGGGUCAAAGGGUACCCGUCUGGGACGAAAGAACAUCCUCCCAUAUUUGAGAGAAGAUACCAUCCAAGUGAUCCAGAAGACGUGUUUGAGGACAAUCGGGAGGUCGAAACAGGCGAGGACCCGAUGCAGCUCCACCUAGACCCAAGGGAUAGCAGCAGCAUACCGCCGGAGUGUGCCACAGUGCGUUACUGGAUGUGUAUCGACCUCCUGACGAACGACGUAGCCGAGAUCAGUGGACCACACAAAGCUGUCACCACUUACGAGUAUGACAUGGAAAGGCGAAAACUCUUCGAGAGCGCUGCAGAGAGACUGGAGCAAGAAGGGGUUGUAAGCCGAGAGAACUACCUGUACUACGGCGAAGGGUACGAGAUUUUGGCCGUGCCAGGAACAAGGAUACGAGUACACUGUACAUUCGUAGCUGGAAUGCAAAGGAGAGGGAACUGUACCGACAAAUUCCUGAUGAUCAACAGCAAAAAGUUCUGCAGCAACACCAAUCCUUCCAUCGAUUUUACGUACCGGUACCCCGGUGCUCAGGAAAGCACCAUAGUUUUCAGGGCGUCCAAUCCGGUGACGAUGAAAUACAAGUGUGUCUUGCGAGUGGAAGAAAGGCCGGAAACGACGACUGUAUUAGACCUCGUGAGGUACGGCGUCCAGUGGUUUUCUGCAGCAGGGAAAACAUUGCACGGGAACGAACAGCAUUAUACUGUCCUGGCCCCGAAGCUGUCCAAGAUCAUCCUGAGGUGUCCCGUGUACAUGGUUAACGACUACAAGCCUUGUAACCACAGCUACAUCACGGUCAAUGUCCAAAGGUAUUGCCACUACCCAACCACGAACGACAUCGAGAUCGAGGUCGGGCCGACGCAGAAAGCAGAGAUUGCGAUCCGUCUUGAUUCUCCGCAGGAACGCGUCCAGUGCGAGGUCAGAAGGGUUGCCGGAAGGAUCACAUCAUGCGCGGUUCCUCCAACGCCUCCGGCCGAGCCACCUGUCACUUCCAAUGCAGAAGCGGUGUGCGUCAACAUGCUGCACGAACCAGACGUCGUCAUUCGGUCGCCGCCGCCGCCGCCGCCUGGUUAUGCUGCGGGCACAGAAACCUUCGUAAAGACAUAUCACGUGAUGAGUGUUCCUGGUACCUUGCACUAUAUGAAUUGCGACGAAUUUUCGUUGAGCACAGACUGUGAGAAGGAACACCUAGCGUGGUUCGACUACACAAAAAAAAUUUGUGGCCGAGGACUUCCAAGGGACUUUACGUACCAUUAUGGCUCUGCGGACGACGCCAAAACUUACAAUCUUGUCUACAAGGCUGACCAUGUGAGACGGCGAGGCCAUUUUAGGUGCAUGCUCGGAAGACAAGCAAGACCUCAUGGCGUAUACUCAGCGGACCUUUACUCCAAUAUGAGUGGCAGGAUAGAGAAAAAAGUUCAACGGAAUCUCUUUAUGCAUGGCAAGCAGGAGAUCAUCUACUAUGUUGUGGCUCCACCUGACACAAAAGUUCGAGUAACGUGCCACCAUUUCAAUGUUGGCGCAAAGAACGACCCGUUCUGCACGAAGAGUUACCUUCAGAUAGAUGGAAAACGAUUCUGUGGGUCCAAGGCGCCGAAAAAGGAAAGACUGACGUUGAAGUACAACCACGCAGCCAUUCUGUACAUGGAUGGUGAAAAUGCAACAGAUACAUUUACUUGUACCGUAGUAAGGACAAGGAGCGUCCACCCAUGUGCCCUCAACAUACCCGAAGUCUCGACUUCAACAACUACAGAAACACCGUUUACGAGUACGACCGAAAUUCCAACGACACCAGUGACAUAUAGUACACCCACCGGAGUGCUUUCCACGUCCGAGACUCCAACUCAAACAACAUGGACGCCAAGCACAACUACUGGAGAAACCACUACAGUGAGUCCAAUUACGUUCACCACCGAAACUCCGACAACGACCGAAGUCAUCACGCCCAGCGAGGGCACGUCCGAGACUCCAACAAGCACAUGGUCCCCAGGAACACCUAGAAGCACAACUCCUCGAGAGACCACUACAGUAAGUCCACUUACAGUAUCAACGGAAACAUCGUCAACGGUCGAAGUCUCCACGCCCAGCGAGAGCACGUCUGAGACUCCAACAAGCACAUGGUCCCCAGGAACACCUAGAAGCACAACUCCUGGAGAGACCACUACAGUAAGUCCACUUACAGUAUCCACGGAAACAUCGUCAACGGUCGAAGUCUCCUCGCCCAGCGAGAGCACGUCUGAGGCUCCAACGACCACAUGGUCCCCAGGAACACCUAGAAGCACAACUCCUGGAGAGAGCACUUCAGUAAGUCCACAUACAGUAUCAACGGAAACAUCGUCAACGGUCGAAAUCUCUACGCCCAGCGAGAGCACGUCAGAGACUCCAACAAGCACGUGGUCCCCAGGAACACCUAGAAGCACAACUCCUCGAGAGACCACUACAGUAAGUCCACUUACAGUAUCAACGGAAACAUCGUCAACGGUCGAAGUCUCCACGCCCAGCGAGAGCACGUCUGAGACUCCAACGACCACAUGGUCCCCAGGAACACCUAGAAGCACAACUCCUGGAGAGAGCACUUCAGUAACUCCACGUACAGUAUCAACGGAAACAUCGUCAACGGUCGAAAUCUCCACGCCCAGCGAGAGCACGUCUGAGACUCCAACAAGCACAUGGUCCCCAGGAACACCUAGAAGCACAACUCCUGGAGAGACCACUACUGUAAGUCCACAUACAGUAUCAACGGAAACAUCGUCGACGGUCGAAGUCUCCACGCCCAGCGAGAGCACGUCCGAGACUCCAACAAGCACAUGGUCUCCAAGAACGCCUGGAAGCACAACUCCUGAAGAGAGCACUUCAGUAAGUCCAUAUACAGUAUCAACGGAAACAUCGUCAACGGUCGAAAUCUCCACGCCCAGCGAGAGCACGUCCGAGACUCCAACAAGCACAUGGUCUCCAAGAACCCCUGGAAGCACAACUCCUGGAGAGACCACUACUGUAAGUCCACAUACAGUAUCAACGGAAACAUCGUCAACGGUCGAAAUCUCCACGCCCAGCGAGAGCACGUUCGAGACUCCAACAAGCACAUGGUCUCCAAGAACGCCUGGAAGCACAACUCCUGAAGAGAGCACUUCAGUAAGUCCAUAUACAGUAUCAACGGAAACAUCGUCAACGGUCGAAAUCUCCACGCCCAGCGAGAGCACGUCCGAGACUCCAACAAGCACAUGGUCUCCAAGAACCCCUGGAAGCACAACUCCUGAAGAGAGCACUUCAGUAAGUCCAUAUACAGUAUCAACGGAAACAUCGUCAACGGUCGAAAUCUCCACGCCCAGCGAGAGCACGUCCGAGACUCCAACAAGCACAUGGUCUCCAAGAACCCCUGGAAGCACAACUCCUGGAGAGACCACUACUGUAAGUCCACAUACAGUAUCAACGGAAACAUCGUCAACGGUCGAAAUCUCCACGCCCAGCGAGAGCACGUCCGAGACUCCAACAAGCACAUGGUCUCCAAGAACCCCUGGAAGCACAACUCCUGAAGAGAGCACUUCAGUAAGUCCAUAUACAGUAUCAACGGAAACAUCGUCAACGGUCGAAAUCUCCACGCCCAGCGAGAGCACGUCCGAGACUCCAACAGGCACAUGGUCUCCAAGAACGCCUGGAAGCACAACUCCUGAAGAGAGCACUUCAGUAAGUCCAUAUACAGUAUCAACGGAAACAUCGUCAACGGUCGAAAUCUCCACGCCCAGCGAGAGCACGUCCGAGACUCCAACAAGCACAUGGUCUCCAAGAACCCCUGGAAGCACAACUCCUGGAGAGACCACUACUGUAAGUCCACAUACAGUAUCAACGGAAACAUCGUCAACGGUCGGAAUCUCCACGCCCAGCGAGAGCACGUCUGAGACUCCAACAAGCACAUGGUCCCCAGGAACACCUAGAAGCACAACUCCUGGAGAGACCACUACUGUAAGUCCACAUACAGUAUCAACGGAAACAUCGUCAACGGUCGAAAUCUCCACGCCCAGCGAGAGCACGUCCGAGACUCCAACAAGCACAUGGUCUCCAAGAACCCCUGGAAGCACAACUCCUGGAGAGACCACUACUGUAAGUCCACAUACAGUAUCAACGGAAACAUCGUCAACGGUCGAAAUCUCCACGCCCAGCGAGAGCACGUCCGAGACUCCAACAAGCACAUGGUCUCCAAGAACCCCUGGAAGCACAACUCCUGAAGAGAGCACUUCAGUAAGUCCAUAUACAGUAUCAACGGAAACAUCGUCAACGGUCGAAAUCUCCACGCCCAGCGAGAGCACGUCCGAGACUCCAACAAGCACAUGGUCUCCAAGAACCCCUGGAAGCACAACUCCUGGAGAGACCACUACUGUAAGUCCACAUACAGUAUCAACGGAAACAUCGUCAACGGUCGAAAUCUCCACGCCCAGCGAGAGCACGUCCGAGACUCCAACAAGCACAUGGUCUCCAAGAACGCCUGGAAGCACAACUCCUGAAGAGAGCACUUCAGUAAGUCCAUAUACAGUAUCAACGGAAACAUCGUCAACGGUCGAAAUCUCCACGCCCAGUGAGAGCACGUCAGAGACUCCAACAAGCACAUGGUCUCCAAGAACCCCUGGAAGCACAACUCCUGGAGAGACCACUACUGUAAGUCCACAUACAGUAUCAACGGAAACAUCGUCAACGGUCGAAAUCUCCACGCCCAGCGAGAGCACGUCCGAGACUCCAACAAGCACAUGGUCUCCAAGAACCCCUGGAAGCACAACUCCUGAAGAGAGCACUUCAGUAAGUCCAUAUACAGUAUCAACGGAAACAUCGUCAACGGUCGAAAUCUCCACGCCCAGCGAGAGCACGUCCGAGACUCCAACAAGCACAUGGUCUCCAAGAACCCCUGGAAGCACAACUCCUGGAGAGACCACUACUGUAAGUCCACAUACAGUAUCAACGGAAACAUCGUCAACGGUCGAAAUCUCCACGCCCAGCGAGAGCACGUCCGAGACUCCAACAAGCACAUGGUCUCCAAGAACGCCUGGAAGCACAACUCCUGAAGAGAGCACUUCAGUAAGUCCAUAUACAGUAUCAACGGAAACAUCGUCAACGGUCGAAAUCUCCACGCCCAGCGAGAGCACGUCCGAGACUCCAACAAGCACAUGGUCUCCAAGAACCCCUGAAAGCACAACUCCUGGAGAGACCACUACUGUAAGUCCACAUACAGUAUCAACGGAAACAUCGUCAACGGUCGAAAUCUCCACGCCCAGCGAGAGCACGUCUGAGAGUCCAACAAGCACAUGGUCCCCAGGAACACCUAGAAGCACAACUCCUGGAGAGACCACUACUGUAAGUCCACAUACAGUAUCAACGGAAACAUCGUCAACGGUCGAAAUCUCCACGCCCAGCGAGAGCACGUCCGAGACUCCAACAAGCACAUGGUCUCCAAGAACCCCUGGAAGCACAACUCCUGGAGAGACCACUACUGUAAGUCCACAUACAGUAUCAACGGAAACAUCGUCAACGGUCGAAAUCUCCACGCCCAGCGAGAGCACGUCCGAGACUCCAACAAGCACAUGGUCUCCAAGAACCCCUGGAAGCACAACUCCUGAAGAGAGCACUUCAGUAAGUCCAUAUACAGUAUCAACGGAAACAUCGUCAACGGUCGAAAUCUCCACGCCCAGCGAGAGCACGUCCGAGACUCCAACAAGCACAUGGUCUCCAAGAACCCCUGGAAGCACAACUCCUGAAGAGAGCACUUCAGUAAGUCCAUAUACAGUAUCAACGGAAACAUCGUCAACGGUCGAAAUCUCCACGCCCAGCGAGAGCACGUCCGAGACUCCAACAAGCACAUGGUCUCCAAGAACCCCUGGAAGCACAACUCCUGAAGAGAGCACUUCAGUAAGUCCAUAUACAGUAUCAACGGAAACAUCGUCAACGGUCGAAAUCUCCACGCCCAGCGAGAGCACGUCCGAGACUCCAACAAGCAGAUGGUCUCCAAGAACGCCUGGAAGCACAACUCCUGGAGAGACCAGUACAGUAAGUCCACUUACUGUAACCACCGAAACUCCAACAACGCCAGGAGGCACAACCGCCAGCGAGAGCACGACGGAGUCCUUGACGCCUUCAACAGUGACCACAACGGUCUCAAAUGGGACAUACAUACGCACUGUGUCCACCGUAAUCGCACCUUUGCCAGGAACCAAAGUGACCACAUUACGUCCUACAACAAUCAUAACACUGCCACCAGGAACACCGCCCACGAUAACAGCUUCGACCACUCCAUCGACGACGGGGGAGACCACUACGUCAGUACCUACAACAACAGAAAAAGGCAGCACGUUUUCGGAAUCCCCUGCUCCAGAAAGCACUAUUACAACCACCGUAGGAAAGGUGUCGACGACAAGUGGACGUUACUUCAAUGAAACACCUACUAUCACCACAGAGACGCCGACGACACGUGCCCUUACCACGGUACCAACAAGCGCUCGGCUGAACAUCUCCACGGGCGAGGUCCCAGCUAUUGUUAGCGAAGAGACGAGAACGCCCACAACGGAGUUCCCCACGACGCCUAGUGACCACCUCACGAUGCUUUACAUAAUCUUGAAGUACAACCUAACCGUGCACGGAGUUGAACGGUGGGUUAUUCAUGACAUCUUCGAGGACGUCCUUUCCAAGGGUACCAAGGAAAGUUUCGACCUUCUCGUGCUCGUCUUCAAAGCGUUGAAGGAUUCUUGCGUCCUGUUGGGCCCCAAUGACCGAAUGACGGUGGCUUACGAACUUGCCUACUUUCUCAAGAAGUAUUCGGAGCGCGUUCCACGCCACAUUGUCGUUGAAGCCGUCAGCCUAUUUCUCUGUAUUGUCGACCAUCCGAAAAUUAUCCGAUUACUUCUCGAAGAAGAGAACACCGUUAUAACCAUAGCUGAAAAGAUAUAUACGGAGCUCUACGUCGAAGACGUGUACAAGCUGUUACACAUCAUCUACAUCGGCAGAAAUAUGACGGCUGAACGAACUUCGCCCUGUGCUGGAAUCUUAUGCGAAGAAGUGCCCGAUACUCUGAUGGACACCAUAGAUAUGCUGGUGGAGAAGUACUUCCCCAACUCUCCGCCUCAGAAAAGGUGGCUUAUGCUCGACAUCGCAAAGGCUCUCAACCUACAGCCUGAACAAGGUGAGGAGGAACACGAGCUCGUUUACUACAAGCUCCAGGACUAUCCGGUCAUUCUCGAAGAACUGCGGGAUCCCUGGGCGUCGCCGAAGGAAAAGAGGUUUCUCUUUGUCAAGUUCUUCAACGAGAUACGCAAAUGGGUUAGAGCAGAUCACCGUCUCAAUGUAGAUGACGUUGAAGAAGUUUGGUACAUGGCCAAUCGCAGUCUUCCAGUGGAAGCAGUCCGGUCCUACAUUCAACUCCUGAAAACUUACCAUCGAAACAAAACGCCGCUAAUGACACGCGAGCGAAUCCGUCUGAUACGACUAGCCCUGCGAUGCGAACGGGAAUGCCCGGGCUUAACCCCCAGCGACCUUCACAAUUUCAUCUUUGCCCUGUGUAACUUCGGCGUCCGCGACGGUAUUGACCUCCCUGCUGAAAUACAGAGCGACCUAUCUCGGUUCAUCCUGUUACUGAAGAACAUGUACAUCGACGCCAUAUCGCUGAGACAUUGGAAACAAAUUCAAGACAUCAACUUUAAAAUUAGAGACUACAGCAGGUUCAAGUAUCACGACGAAGCAGAGUUGAAGUUCAUCGCAAACUGGCUCCAGACGCCAAUCCACUUCGAGAUACUUGUUCAGAACAAGACGGGAAUCAAGUAUGGCUCCGUGACGCGUAACAUAUCUUCUAUACCGAAACUGUUACAAGCGUUCAAUGUUGAACUACGACCCGACGUCAAGUUUGUCCUGGCGGACAACCUUCUCACUAGUUACGACUACGUGUUUCACCACAUGGGCCCUUCGACGAAAAACACGUUGAAAAUUGUGCUGCUUGUUGUUCACGGCGUCGGAAGGACAACGAAACAUCAGAACAACCUGAUACUUUCGAUCUUGAACAAGUGCAUCGAUGUUGGAGAGCCUUGCUUUAACGUCUCCCGUAAGAGCGACUUGGUAAAGAUGAACAUCAUCCUCGAAAAUAUGAAUCUUUCACACGGAUCUUCACUCAAGAAAGAAGUGGCGAGAAAGUUGAAAGCAGCAGCUAAGAAGGCUGGCCUCAGAGUGGAUCCGUCCCUGGUCUCGCCUCGGAGUUCGCAGUGGUCGCGAGUAAAACAAGCUGUCCUAGUUCCCUCUGGAGUAAAAGGAGUGAAAGGGUAGAUAUCUGGUCUUUUAUUCCACAACUGAAGGACAAGUUGGCGUAGCUCUUACAAUCCUAGCUAUAAGGCCAUGUAAUAAAGACCUCCUUUAUUUUUCGGUA